UCUGUCAAAACAAAUUCUUAACGAACCUAAAAGAGGAAUAUAAAACUGGGUUAAAUAUAUAGGUUAAAAGCGACGUAAACAUAAAUAAACAACAUUCAAAUUAGAAGAUAAAAUCUAGAAAUUAUAUCCAUUACUAUGGAUCCAGCAUUGCUUCGUGAAAGGGAAGCGUUUAAACGCAGAGCCCUUGUCCUGCCAACUGUAGAGAAAAAGAAACGUGACGAUGUUCCGCCGCCUAAAGAUGAACCUCGUAAGAAAAAAGUUAAAACCUUUUCUUCAAGUGGCCCAAAAUUGGAUAGCACUAAUUACAAGACUAUGAGUGGUAGCUCACAAUAUCGUUUCGGUGUCUUGGCUAAAAUUGUAAAACAUAUGAGAACACGCCACCAAGAAGGUGAUGAUCAUCCUCUUACAUUAGAAGAAAUUUUAGAUGAAACAAAUCAAUUAGACGUAGAUUCUAAAGUAAAGCAGUGGUUACAAACUCAAGCAUUCCCAAACAACCCUAAAAUUGAAGUUUCAGUUGAUGGAAGAUUUUCAUUCAAAGCUGUUUAUAAAAUCAAGGACAAAAAAAGUUUAUUGAGAUUGCUUAAACAACAUGAUCUGAAAGGCCUUGGAGGAAUAUUAUUAGAAGAUGUUCAAGAAUCAUUACCCCAUUGUGAAAGGGUUCUAAAAAGUUUACAGAAUGAAAUUAUAUACAUAGUACGGCCAAUGGAUAAAAAGAAAAUCUUAUUUUAUAACGACAGAACAGCUGCAAUAACUAUAGAUGAAGAAUUCCAGAAACUUUGGCGAUCUGUUGCAGUAGAUGCCAUGGAUGAUGCUAAAAUUGAUGAAUAUUUGGACAAACAAGGUAUCAAAUCAAUGCAAGACCAUGGGCCUAAGAAACCAAUUAUACCUAAAAGAAAGAAAGGCAUUCAGAAGAAAAGGCAAUUCAAGAAACCUCGUGAUAAUGAACAUUUGGCAGAUGUUCUAGAAACUUAUGAAGAUAAUAAUAUAACACAAAAACCAAUUAAUACAUAAGAUAUUAGACAUAGGAAUAGAUAUUUGAUAAUUCACUUUGUAAAUAAAUACAAAAUUAUUUUUAU